CUAAUGAUUAGCAUGGUUAAUUGAGUUGCUCCAACGGGUUUCCCUUGUUCACAAAGUACUCUGUACUAUGUCAGUCAUGGCCAAUAUGACAUACAGACCUACAGAGCAGUAUCCUCUGCACGAGUUGCUGCAAAGGGUAUGAAGGCACUCCUUGUCAUCUUUUGCAUUGAGGACUCCUACUGCCUGUGCUCGUAUCACCACAACUCCCCCCCCCACACCAGGAUGAAGUCACACCACGGUCUUCUCCUCGUCUUCCUCCUCCAUUUUUCCCCUCCACCAUCGCUCCAUCCCGCCAUGCAUUUCCACCGCCCGUCAUUGGCUUUUGCCCGUCGCCGCCGCAUGAACACGUCAAUGGUGCCCCCCUCGAGGUCGGAGGCACGUUACAGUCGUUAGACGAGACAGACAAUCGAUUUGUCGGUCUGUCGGUCUGUCGGUCUGUCGGUCUCAGGCUUCUUCUUCU